UUCUAGAAUGAGUCUGGCAGUUGGAGAACGAGUGAGUCGGUCAGGGAGUCGGCUCGCCAGGCUAGGCUGUGAAGGGGCAAAGGCUCAAAUCCCUGGCUCUCAUGGGAUGAUCAAGAAGUGACAUGCAUUUCCAUCCUUCUCUUGUCAGACUUGUGGAUAGAAAUCUUCAUCUCGGAGCAUCACCACACAGGUCCUCCCUAUGUCCUGGGCUGGAUUUAGCAUUCCUGAAAAGGACUGUCAACUGUAUUGCAGAAACCAGCUCCUGUAACUGGCAGUUAGAUUGCAACACCCUCCAAGAAAUUAUAUUUUCAAUGUCAGAUGCAAUAGUUUGGAUAGAGCCUCUGAAAAGAAACCUGAAGAAGAGAAGAUCAGGGCCAUCCUUCAGAUUCUGCAGGCCUGUACUGUCCUCUGGGAGGUGCAUUUUGCUGAAUAGUCACUUGAUUACACUGGAGACAGCAGCAGCACCACCACCAGCUGCAGCAGGUAUGGAAGCAGCAGUGGUGAAAGCACCAGAACGGGCUGCUGCAGCAGUGGAAGCACCAGAAGGAACAGCAGCUGCAGCAGCAGUGAUGGAAGCACCAGAAGGAGCAGCUGCAACAGCUGUUGUGGAAGCAUCAGAAGAUGCAGCUGAAGCAGUAGUGGUGGAAGCACCAGAGGGAGUAGCAGUUGCAGCAGUGGCGGUGGAAGCACCAGAAGGUGCAGCUGAAGCAGUAGUGGUGGAAGCACCAGAGGGAGCAGCAGUUGCAGCAGCGGCGGUGAAAGCACCAGAAGGAGCAGCUGCAGCAGCAGCAGUGAAAACACAAGUAGCCAAAGCAGCAGAGAGGGUGGCAACAGCCGAAGUAGCCAAGGUGCUGCAGUCAGCAGCAGCAGAGGUAGCAAUCAUAGCAAUGGGUCUCUAGCUUGGAUGACUGUCA